CCUUGCCUCUUUGCCAUUUCCCCCAAAUUUGCCUCCGGGACCACCCAAGCUCAGCAGCUUUCUGGGUCUAACUAGUCUACUUUAGGUAUUCUUGACUUUAACACACCGUCACUCUUCCUCAACCGUCCGACUACUAUUUGUAUCUCUCCAACGAUCAUUUCCUCGUGUAUCUUUUCUCUUCUCUCUCUCUCUCUUUCUCCCUUUUCCUCCACUCUCAUUCCUCUCUGUCCCUUCCGGUCGUCUUUCUUUCUUUCUCUCUGCUAUACUCUUUAAUUCUUUUCCGUUAUUCUUGGGGUUUUCAAUUUUCCGUCCGGUUUUUACUUUGGUUCCCCAAUAUAGCCUUUUAGUCAAUCCACGCAUACUCUUCUCUUGUAAUUAUUUCCCAUUUUUUCUCCCUCUUUCUUUUCUUUUUCCUUCCUCACCCCAUCUUAAAGAAGAACCGAGAAAAAAAAUUAUAAAAGAGUGAGAAGUGAGAAAGUGAGAUACUGUCCUACGUGUCUGUCGAUCCCUUUCAGCAUUACUACAAAUCUGGUCCUCCUGCGGUUGACUGAUCCGGGUCUGCUCUUCGCCUCUCAGUCGUUUCCGAGUCGAGUCCACUGUCAAUUCCUCGCUCCGUUCUUCUUGCCCCUCAGGCUUUGCAGGAAGGUGCGGUCGUUGUGUCAUGGAAAUACCCUGUGGUUGUUUGAUCUGAUCUUGUUGGACCCCUGCUGGAAGAUUGUUCAAGAUGGACUCUCACCAUGCAACUCGUCAAUUGCUGGAGUGCCUUCGCACCGGCUAUCCGAUACUGCUGCUCCUAGUCUUUAUCACAGCCUUCAUUGCCAAUUCAGUCCUAGCAGCUAAACAUGCCAAUAACUCUCCCACCGUGGCGCAGAUGGGUCCAGGUGGAAGACCACUCCCCAAACGGUCGAGAAGUACGAUGGCAGUCAUGAAAACACCCCAAAAAUUUUCCCAGAAUACGAGGUCAUUGUUCAAGUGGUUGACUGUUGGUAUCCUUUUGACUAUUAUUGCGGAUGCAGCCGUCAAUGUGGCACAUGUUAUAGUCUCUAGAUCAGAACAUUGGUGGUGUGGUCAGUCCGUUGUGAUCUAUAUCGUGGGAUCGUUCUUUGUCUAUUCGAUUAUCCUCGUCUCAUUAUUAGAUACAGAUCCUUCCCCAACAUUUGCGCAGUUUGUCCCGUGGUUGAUAGCGGUGCCCGUCGAAUUAGCUAUUUUAGGAAUAUCCUUCUCCAUCAAUGUCGGCAACCAUUAUGAACCAAUUGUGGGGAAUCCCACCGGGGGUCGUUUACGGCAAGGCGUGACUUCGUGGGAAUUGACGGAGCUUAUCUGUAACUGCGUCAGGGUGCUGAUCCUUGGUACAUUGGUCGCCCUCUACGUGUUCAACUCCAUCAGGACACAUUCCAGCGCCAGAAAAGUGCCUAGAGCAUAUGCCAAUGGCCCUUCAGAAACCACCGGGUUGCUGGAUCCUUCUCAUGCGGAGAAUGGGAAUGCUUAUGGUUCAACUCCUGCUGUUCCAGGUACCCAGCAGUUUUCUAAGCCUGCUGACGGAUGGGUUCGACCAACAACAGUUCCAUCUACCAGCUGGUGGGAAUAUCUUAGCGGCUAUUCGUUAUUCUUUCCGUAUCUCUGGCCGUCAAAAUCCCGUCGGUUGCAGAUAGUCGUGGUCAUAUGUUUCCUUCUGAUUGUCUUACAACGCGUUGUCAAUGUCCUUGUACCUCUUCAGGUUGGGGUCAUCACCCGCAAAUUAACUAAAACAGGCGAUGGCUUUAACGUGCCGUGGUUUGACAUUUGUUUGUAUAUCCUCUUCCGGUGGUUACAGGGAAAUCAAGGCCUCAUCGGUUCAUUGCGCUCCAGUCUGUGGAUCCCCGUGAGUCAAUAUUCUUACAUGGAGCUUUCAACAGCGGCUUUCGAGCAUGUGCACAGUCUUAGCCUUGAUUUCCACCUGGGCAAGAAGACCGGUGAAGUACUGUCUGCGCUGAGUAAAGGUAGCUCCAUCAAUACCUUCCUUGAGCAAGUCACCUUUCAGGUUGUGCCUAUGCUAGUCGAUCUCUGCGUUGCUAUCAUCUACUUUCUCAUUGCACUCGACGCUUACUAUGCUUUGGUCGUCGCCAUUGUCACGUUCUGUUACCUAUAUGUCACUGUCCGCAUGGCACAAUGGAGAGCAGAGAUUCGGCGACAAAUGGUCAAUGCCUCAAGACAAGAAGAUGCAGUUAAGAAUGAUUCAAUGGUUUCAUAUGAAACAGUAAAGUAUUUCAACGCCGAAGACUACGAGUUCGACAGGUACCGAGAGGCAGUAUCGGAUUUCCAGAGAGCCGAAUACCAUGUCCUCUUUUCCUUGAAUCUGAUGAAUACAUCUCAGAAUACGGUUUUCAUGCUUGGUCUACUGAUUGCAUGCUUUAUUGCUGCGUAUCAGGUCUCGUUGGGGCAGCGGGAUGUCGGUGAAUUCGUGUCACUUCUCACAUAUAUGGCGCAACUUCAGGGGCCGCUGAAUUUCUUUGGCACUUUCUAUCGGUCCAUCCAGUCGGCAUUAAUUAACUCAGAGCGAAUGCUGGAACUUUUCAGAGAACAACCGACUGUUGUUGAUGUGCCUAGUGCUGCCCCUCUGUCGGUAUGCAAAGGGGACAUUACUUUUGAAAAUGUCAAAUUUUCGUACGAUAGUCGAAAACCUGCCCUGAAUGGUCUUACUUUCCACUGCGAACCGGGAACGACGACAGCCUUAGUUGGUGAAUCCGGUGGUGGAAAAUCCACCGUUUUCCGUUUACUCUACCGGUUCUACAAUUCCGAAAGAGGGCGAAUCUUAAUCGACGGACACGAUGUGAAAAGUACCACCAUUGAUUCUCUCCGGAGGCAUAUCGGUGUUGUGCCGCAGGACACCGUCCUCUUCAACGAGACAUUAAUGUACAACCUGAAAUAUGCUAAUCAGAGCGCGUCGGAUGAAGAAGUCUAUGAAGCUUGUAAAGCUGCUAGUAUACAUGAUAAAAUCAUGUCUUUCCCUGAUGGAUAUAAUACUAAGGUCGGUGAACGUGGUCUACGACUUAGUGGUGGAGAAAAACAACGAGUAGCUAUUGCUCGAACGAUUUUGAAAAACCCACGAGUCAUUCUUCUAGAUGAAGCUACAGCCGCAUUGGACACGGAGACGGAGGAGCACAUUCAGGGAGCUUUGUCCACCCUUUCUCUCGGCCGCACCAUGCUUGUAAUAGCUCAUCGGCUAAGUACUAUCACAACUGCGGACCGUAUCCUAGUCUUGCAUGAGGGACGGGUCGCGGAGAGUGGCACACAUGAUCAGCUAUUGGCUAUGAAGGGCCGGUACGCAAGUAUGUGGCGGAAGCAGAUACGAGCGCAGAGGGCAGCGGCGGAAGCACAAGUGCUUCAAGACCGUGCCCAGCGCUUGCGCAGUGCCUCAGCCUCGGGCGUUCUCGGAGAUGACAGUUCUAGCCAGUCUGACGAGGACCGAAACGGGAACGGUCAUACUUCUGCAGCUCGGCAGACACUGGGCCACCAUUGGCCCACUCAUGAUCAGAAAGCAUAGAGCAAGCCCUGGACAGAUCAGCGCAGAGUCACCCCAAACGUUGUUUAUCAGUCACAUAUAAAGAACGUAUACUUUAGAGUAUCUGAGGUGUGGUAUACCAUUCUCGGAUUGUUUUCUCCCUCUUUUUAUUUUUCUUUUUGGGAAGAUGAACUUAUAAGGAUACACUUCUCUUUUCCUUUCUUUCUCCAUUGCCAAAGCCCUGCAUUACUUAACAUGUUCCUUUCGUUAAGUCGGUAAAACUGGCGUUCUAAGUGACUUACGACUUCUAUGACGUGCUCUCAUUGUUAAUUCAUACGAGACCUGCUGAAGAGGUAGCAGGUUAGGGUUGGACCCUUGAAUAAAUUCCUAGACCAAUUGCACUUUCAAAAUACUACAUGUUACAUGUCCAUGGUACAGUUUAAUAUGAAUCAUGACGCCUUUCAUAAGGGGCUCGGCGGAUCGUCAAGCCCGGCAGGUUAUGCACUGUCCGAACUGAAUCUAUACUUGCGGUAAUUCUAUAGGUGUGAAAGGGAAUGUCUAAAAGCAAAUCACCUA